AUGAUGUCCAUGAAUAGCAAGCAACCUUUCAGCAUGCACCCGAUUCUGCACGAGCCGAAGUACACGCCGCUCCACUCCACCGAGGCGAUCCGGAGAGCGUGCCUGCCGACACCGUCGCUACAAGGGAACAUCUUCGCCGGCUUCGAUGAGACUUUACUGCAGAGGGCGGAAGCGCUGGCGGCGGUAGACAUCCAUCAGAAGAGCCACCCUUUCAAACCAGACGCCACAUACCACACCAUGACCACAAUGACGAGCAUGACCUGUACCCCCACGUCUUCGUCGGCGCACCUCCAUCACCCCUCCGUGCUCACCUCGCAUCACCACCAUCAUCACCACCAGCCGUCGCAGGGCCUGGAGGGCGACUUGCUGGAUCAUCUCACGCCCGGUUUGUCUCUGGCGGGCAUGCCCGGGUCGGACGUGUGCCCGACGGCCGCGCACCCGCACUCCCACAUGUCCGCCAUCAACCACAUGCAGCAUCACCAUCCACAGACCAUGAACAUGCACCCGCACGCCCUGGGCUCGCACACGUCGCUGGGCGGCAUCGGGGAUUCCGAGCCCGACCCGCGAGAGCUCGAGUCCUUCGCGGAGCGCUUCAAGCAGCGGCGAAUUAAACUGGGCGUCACGCAGGCGGACGUUGGGUCGGCUUUGGCGAAUCUAAAAAUCCCUGGAGUCGGCUGCCUCAGCCAGAGCACGAUUUGCCGGUUCGAAUCCCUCACCCUGUCGCACAACAACAUGGUGGCCCUCAAGCCUAUCCUGGAGGCGUGGCUGGAGGAGGCCGAGAGGGCUCAGCGGGAGAAGAUGACCAAGCCGGAGAUUUUUAACGGCGGCGACAAAAAGAGGAAACGCACCUCCAUCGCCGCGCCGGAGAAGCGGUCCCUGGAAGCGUACUUCGCCGUGCAGCCCCGGCCCUCCUCGGAGAAAAUUGCCGCGAUCGCCGAGAAGCUGGACCUGAAAAAGAACGUCGUGCGCGUGUGGUUUUGCAACCAGAGGCAAAAGCAGAAAAGAAUGAAGUUCUCGGCCACACAUUAG